CAUGGGGUGAAGUCUUAUCUAGAAAUUUGCGUAAAUUCACUUCCUAAACCUUACACCUACCCAUCAAUUUUCUAAAUCUAUCGCUUAUCCCAGGAGAUAGUUUGUUGGUGCCAUCGCGUUUACGAGGACAUGUACAGAAUUUGCAGCAAAGUAUAAAAAAAGCUCAACUGAAUCUCCAUAUUUUCUUUGUUUCUUACAGUGAUCCAUGAACGUUAUGGAGGUUCAGUCAUUAGUAACACAAAGCCUGGCCUCCAAGUGCAUUCCUUAUAUACCCUCACACAAGUCUUAUGCUCAAUUCAAAUAUUCUCUCUAUCCCAGAAUGCAUAGACCACACAAGUUUGAAUGCACUAUUGGGUACUGCAGAAAUGUCUGCCAUGGAAAUGACAGAGAUCUGAAAUCUUCUUGUGUUAGAAGCUGGAGAAUUAAACCCUGUAGGAGGAUGUGCAUUUCCUUCGCUAGCAAAAAUAAUAAUGAACCUCCUCUUCCUGAAGAAGAAAACCCUGAAGAAAAAGACGAGUCAGACAUUACAGGCUCUGUGCAAAAUCUAGAUUGGCGAGCUUUUAGAGCAAAACUUUUCACAGCAGAGCAGAUUGGUAAAUCCUCGAAAAAUGAUUCUAGGAGUGGGUCAGAAGCAGAAUCUGGUUCUGAAAUUUCCGUUGGAUCCAAGUGGGCUCAUCCUUUAUAUGAACCAGAGCCUGGGUGUGUGCUCAUUGCGACUGAAAGGCUAGAUGGGAUUCCAGAUUUUGAAAGGACUGUAAUUUUGCUUUUACAUGUUGAUGCCGAGUGCCCUUUUGGAUUAAUCCUUAAUCGUCCCAUGCAUGGCUCCCUUGUGCACAGGAGACCCACACAUCCAGAUAUGGCUACAGUUUUUUCAGAUUGCUCACUACGUUUUGGAGGACCUCUUGAGGAGAACAUGUUUCUUUUAAUAUCCGAGGACAAAAAUGCUGUUAGCGAUUCUUUUGAGGAAGUAUUUCCAGGUUUGUAUUAUGGUGCAAGGGACAGCCUGCAUCAUGCAGCAGAACUUGUGAGAGGUAAGGUUCUUUUGUCGCAGAACUUUCAGUUCUUUCAGGGUUACUCAAGUUGGGGUUUUGAUCAGCUGAAGGAAGAGAUUGCUUCUUACAAGUACUGGCAUGUGGCUGCCUGCAGCCCCAAUCUUAUUAUUUCUGCAAUAUCUACUUCAAGUUCAGACCUGUGGGAGGAAAUUUUACAACUGAUGGGAGACAAGUAUGCAGAGCUCAGUAGAAAGCCAAAACAAGAUAAUGUGUAAUGCGUAAAUUACGUCUGAGAAAAAGGCUUAUUCUACUGUAAGAAUGUGCAAGCAAUGAGUUUUGCUGGAAAGUCUAGGUUUUGAUGUACAGGGAAAUGAUCAGGCAUGCUUAGUUCAAAGAAAGUGCUAGUAAAUGUUAAAUUUUGCCAGCAAGUCUAUAAUUUAUGAGGAAAUGGACCAGACAAUGGGAUUACUGGGCCAAUUUCAACUUCAAGAGCUCAAGGUGAACAUAAUUCCAGUUUCCCUCCUUGUAUAAUAUAUGCUUUGUUCAUUUUCCCUUCUGGAACUGUUAUUUGGUAUCAUUUUCUCAAGCCAAUAAAGUGGUUGAUGAGAAGGUUUUUCUAAGAACAUUAUUGAAUAAGAUUGCAUGCACAAUGACUAUUUUUGAAAUUAAAGGAGUGGUAGAAUUAUGUUGAAACACUUUUAGUAAUGAGUGCAAGGUUGUUAUGUGAAAGUCACAAGCUGAUUGUCCUUUGUCUUGCCUUCACAGAUAUUGACCUUGCAUUUGCAUUCAGGGUUAUGGGCUUGUACCCCCAUUUACUGGCCCCACUUGAGGUGCUAGUGAUCAGUCUUCUUUGUCAUAGAUAUAAUCAAAUAUUAUUAUCAUUGUUUAAAAUAAUAUGUUAGUGGAUCAUGGUUGGAUUAAUUGUAUAUUUUUUAAAUGAAGGUCAAUUCAUUUUAUUCACGAAGGCACCUCUUGGUGCAAGUGCAAGAAUAACUAACUACAAGAUAAGUGAGAUUUAGGCGUUGAUCUUAA